GAUGAGCUCUUUUCAGCAGCGCGUUUCUAUUGUCUCGUCUAGCACAAGAAACGUGUUACUGUUCCGCGCUUGUUCGCGCCGAUCGCCUUGCACGUUCGAUCCCUCCAAUCUCUGGUCUCUCGAGAGGGAACUACUUGCUAGGCCAUUCUUUUCGAGCAGGCUUUCUGGUUUCUCUACAACUCUUUCGUCUCUACACCGUACGUUCUUUUACUUACGAGCCGAAACAUCCACGUGUCGAUUUUUGUAUGGACGCAAUUCCGCUUAGGGCAAGUAAAAUGGAAACCGGUCAAAUCCCCGGUCAAUGGGAAUACAUGAGCAAGCCCCACCCAACAAGCGACCGGCAUCAAUUGCGGCGCUCGCUGUUGGCUCUUUCGGCUCGCCCCACCGAAUCCGCUAGCCAUGCCACGUGUACGAGAGAUCCAUUGACUGAGCGCCGUCAACUAUCUCGCGAAUCGCUGCUUGCGUCCUACCAUGGAGUCCUCUACCGUAGAGAGUCCCACUGUAGGAUGCCUUACUGGCGUGGAGAGUCCGUGGGUCUUGCAGCGGCGUGUCGCUGCUCUUUUGCCGCGUUGGUCUCACCCGAGGUGUCUCAAAUACCCCUGGUUCAGUCAGUAUCACUCACGGACUCGCCGAGUUGCGAGGUGCAGCCUCUUUUUGAAAAAGAGCCGCCGCAGCAGCACCAGCAACAGCAUCAGUAUCACCCAUCGGUGCUGCAGCGCCGAAACCGGCAUCAUCUGCAGCAGCACCGGCACCAGCGCCGUCAUCGACGCUGUCACCAGCACCAGCGCGUGGGCUGGUCUCAGCCGAAGCACGAUCAGUCUGCUGCAAGAUUGGUUUCGCGGCUUUUGUUUCCGGAAGGGGGUCGCUUUCUCUAGUCCCCUCCGGCCUGGUGGUCUCUAAUUCGCCUCCAGCGCCGCCUCCACCGCCGCCUCCACCGCCGUCACCGACGCUGCCGCCCUCACCAACGCGUGGGCUGGCCUCAGCAGAAGCGGGAUCCAUAGCGUGGAGGCCGUUACAGCUACAGACGGGCUGAAGGGACGGCGAGGAUUGAAGUUUGGAAGCUUCUCACGGCUCUCCAAUCCCCGUUUUGGAAGCCGUUCGCUUUCUCUUGUCAUCUCUAGGCUGGUGGUCUCUAAUCUGCUCUGCUCUGGUCUGGUGCGCGCUCAAUUCCCCGGGCUGCGCGCUGAGAUAGCAGCAACAAAGAAAAAGAGACCCGAGUGUUGCAAAGGGUGACCUGUACGCUGGAAACUGAGACUUAAGGGUCCCAGAGGGUUUAUGGACUCGAUUCCGGAGUUUGAGGAGGAGAUUGAGAUGAUUGGGAGCGAGGAGGAGCGAAGGGUGGCUUUGGCCAUGGGGGGAGGAGGAGGCGUGGGGAGGGACGGAUCGGGGAAAGGGAAGCAGAAGAUGAGUGCUGCUGAUGACGCUGCGUACAGAGAAGCUUCGUAUGGGUCGCAAUUCGACGCUGAGUAUGAUGCUUCUGAGAGCAGCCCGAGCACCAACGGCUCAGAUGCAUCCGGAGAUGCGACUGUUGGGAGGAGCAGGUACAGCAGGGGCGAUCGCCACAGCAGCAACAGGAGCAGCAACAGCAGGAGCAGCAGCAGGAGGCACGGCAGGAGGGAGCAGCAGAGGAGCAGGAGGGCGGGAGAGAUUUCCGAAAUCCCUAUCCCUGAGGUUUACGAGGAGGAAGGAUUUUCGACCGAGAACAAUGAGGAGAUUCCUCCUGUGGGCGUGCUCCCUUCGGGCGUGUCCCCUACGGGUGUGCCGCCUGUGGAUGUGGCCCCUCAGGGGAACAGUCGCAUGCAGCAGAAGACGGUGUGGGAGCUUCGUUCUGGCGCCCUUCCUGCUGCUGCAGCAGCUGCAAGCGCCAGUGCGGCAAGUGCUGUUGCCGCUCGUGUUCGUGCUGCACGCGGCUUUCCUGCAUCUGGUCAUAAUGGAGCCCGCUCAGCAACUGCUACUACUGCUGCGCCUGCUAGUGGUUCUGCUGCUGCUGGCGCUAAUCCUGCUGGUGUCACCAGUGGCGCUGCUGGUGCUGCUGCUAGUGGUCCCGGUGGGAGCGACAGGCAUCACACCAAGGCUGAAUCAGCCGCUCGUGGUCGUGGCUCCACUAGUAGCGCUGCUCCCGCUGCUGCUGCUGCUGCUGCUGCUGCUGCUGCGACCGUCUCCCCAACCACUUCCCCCCCUGCUGCAGCAACCUCCUUGCCCUCCCCUUCCCCUCCCCUUCCUCCCUCACCCCCCUUCUCCACUCCCCUGGGUCCCCAAACCUCUCCCGUCUCCCCUACCUCCUGGUACGCCCCUCUCUCUCCAGUGCUCCCCGGCCCCCCAGAUGGCGGUUCCCUGCCCCCCUCUGAAGUCAACAGCACCCCUUCCUCCUCCCCUACCGAUUCCACCUUCAGUACAGUCACAUCUAAUAACAAGCCCGGCGCAUCUUCCCCUGCUUCCUCCACCGCCUCCCCUCCCCCCGCUUCUGUGGCCUCUUCCGCCCCUGGAGGGGGGCUGUGCCCUGGGAUAGACGGCGGGGUGUGCAAUUUCCGCAUGUCUUCUCGCACACAUUUCAUUCUCAUGCGUUUCGUCUCCCUCUUCACUGUCGUCUCCGGCCUCGGCUAUCUCUCUUGGAAAAGCUACAUGGUGGGGCGAAAUAUCACCCAGGCCGGGCCGGCCUGCCUCCUAUUCCUCUCUACCGAAAUCCUCGUCUUCCUUUCCUCCUUCAUGCUCGUUGUGGAGCUCUCGAAACCGGCAAAAGAGAGGAAGGCUUUAAGCAUGCCGCCAUCUGGACCGUUUCCCCGCGUGGCGAUCCUCAUCUGCUGCUGCAGCGAGAAGAUAGAUGUUAUCCAGGACACGGUUAAAGGGGCUAUGAGCCAGAAUUACCCUGGGGAGAGGUACACUGUGUGGGUGUUGGACGAUGGGGGGGACGAUGAGCUCAAGGCGUGGGUGGAAGCUGAAGGCAUGGAGGGGUGGAGUGGAGGAGGAGGGGUUGCUUCCGCUCAGCACCAGCUGCAGCCGCCACACCAGCAGCAGCAGCAGCAGCAGCAGCAGCAGCAGAGCCCGCUAGAUCUGAUGCAGCAGCAGCAGCAGCUGAUGGUGCAGCAGCAGCAGCAGGGCCGGCGGCUGUUCUACCUCCGUCGCCCCAAGAAGAAAGGCGUGCCUCACCACUUCAAGGCCGGGAACAUCAACUAUGGGCUCCAUUUUGCAUGCGGAGAGUUUGUGGCGGUGCUCGAUGCGGAUAUGAUCCCCUCGCCGUUCUUCCUGUCGGCGCUCCUGCCACAUAUUGUCGGGGAGGAGAAGGGCGACGUGGCGUUUGUGCAGUGCCCGCAGUCGUUUUACAACAUCGUGAAGGGCGAUCCGCUGAACGACUCGUCGCAAGACUUCUACGACGUGCUUCUUCCAUACAGAGAUGGUCGAGACAGUGCACAGUGUGUGGGCACGGGAGUCAUCUUCCGCUCGGCUCACCUGCAAGCCAUAGGCGGCUUCACCGUUGGGUCGAUCACGGAGGACUUCGACACGGCGAUGACACUGCAUGCUCGCGGAUACAAGACUGCCUAUGUCAACCAGAGGCUACAGGCGGGCCUCGCCCCUUGGAGUCUGGAGGGCUACAUCAAGCAGCACCAGCGGUGGGCCACAGGCAGCCUGCAGAUACUGUUACACCGUAACCCGCUUCUGCUGCGCGCCCCCAAGUUCAGUCUCUACCGCCGCAUCUCGUAUUGGUAUGCUGGCGUGCAGUACUACCUGAACGUGAUCGUCAUCAUGAUCCUCGUCCUACCUGUCCUCAUCCUGGCCCUCGAUCUCCGCAUCAUGCCGCCCGGCCCCAUCUUCGAAACCACCCGCCUCUACAUCAUCCUCCUCGUCCCCUACGUCUUCGCCUCCCGCCUCCUCUGCCUCGGGCUCUUCUCCCGCCUCCCUAACGGGAUGAUGGUCCAGCUAAGGGGCGAGCAGGUCUGGUACUGGAUGUCAUUUUUCAACUGCAUGGCGAUCCUCCGGUUCUUUUUCCCGUUCAUAAGCAAGAAGUUUGAGGCGACGGGCAGCACGAAGAAAAAGGCGCCGGCGGUGUGGGAGAGGCUGCUGACGGUGUGGUUCCAUGUGGGCUUCUGCGUGGCCGGGGUUGGCGCGGUGGCGUGGCGGUUUGCCACUGUUGACUUUCAUGAUUGCGGAAUGCUUCUGAAGGUCACCUCCUGGGCUCCCUUCAUCCUGUUCUCCGUGCAAAGCAUGCUCGUGCCGAUAAUGCAUGUCCUCGUGUCCCCGACGCAUCCUAAGCCGGAGGAUCGAAGGAAGCUCCUUUCGUAUGACGAGUAUGGGGUGCCAUAUUUGAGGGAAGACCAGCUGCUGCCGAAACGUGACUAUUGCGUCUUGCUCUUCAACAUCAUUCCUGCCAUUUGGGCUCUGACCAUAGGAUUUUAUUUCUACGCGGCGAUCACGAAUUUUAGACCUGGGUUUUGUACCAAGAGCGGGUUCUUUGGGUAUGCUAGGUUUUAGUAACUUAGCAUUUUGCCUUAGUAGCGCCCUUGAGCAGUUGUGAUGUAGUUGUAUCAAUAUAGGUGACCUUAGUUCUUACAGGUGACUGAAACGGGUGGUCGUGUUGC